CGAGUCCCGCCCUUCCUGUUUGACUGAGGGGCGGAGAACGGUUGGCUGGGCCUUGGCGGCUGCUGCUCCUCUUCCUUCUCCACGGUGAAACGAUUUGCGAGUCUCCGGGGCUGCUUCUUCUUCUUCUUCUUCUUCGUGGGCUGACCGGAGCUAGAGCUAAGAUGGCGGAUCCGGAGGACCAGCUCUCCGAUGAGGAGAAGGUGCGCAUAGCAGCAAAAUUCAUCAUCCAUGCUCCACCAGGAGAAUUCAAUGAGGUUUUUAACGAUGUUCGUUUGCUACUUAAUAAUGAUAAUCUUCUCAGGGAAGGAGCAGCACAGAAAAGAUACUUACAGUCACUGUUAGAGAAUCUUGUAUAUCUUUAUGACUCACUAGCUGAACAUUUCCAUCUUCAUAAUAAUGAACCUAUGCACAGAAAGUUCACAGUAUUAAUAACAGAGCAUGGUGAUUUGGGCAAUGGGAAAUUUUUUGAUCCAAAAAACAAGAUUGCUUUUAAAUUUGAUCAUUUGCGAAAGGAGGCUACAGAUCCAAAGCCUCAUGAUGUUGAAAAUGCAAUUGAGUCAUGGCGAAACUCCAUAGAAACAGCAAUGAGAGCAUAUGUGAAGGAACACUAUCCAAAUGGUGUCUGCACAGUAUAUGGAAAAACUAUUGAUGGACAUCAAACAAUUAUUGUUUGCAUUGAAAGUCAUCAGUUUCAAGCAAAAAACUUUUGGAAUGGUCGUUGGCGAUCAGAAUGGAAAUUUACUAUAACGCCUUCUACCACCCAGGUAGCAGGUAUCUUAAAAAUUCAGGUUCAUUAUUAUGAAGAUGGAAAUGUUCAGCUAGUGAGUCAUAAAGAUAUACAAGAUUCUCUAACAGUGACUAAUGAAACCCAAACAGCAAAGGAAUUUGUGAAGAUUGUAGAGGCUGCAGAAAAUGAAUACCAGACUGCUAUCAGUGAAAAUUAUCAAACAAUGUCGGACACUACUUUCAAGGCUUUGCGCCGACAACUGCCAGUUACUCGCACAAAGAUUGACUGGAAUAAGAUACUGAGCUAUAAGAUUGGAAAGGAAAUGCAGAAUGCUUAAAAUGAAUGUGGCAAAUAUGAAUAAUUUCGUUCUUCUGUACAAAAUAAAGUUAUUGCAAAGGUAUUCAAAAUUGUGAUGUAUCACCUUGGCCAUUUGCCAUUGAAAUAACUGUAAGUAGUUUGGUUAGAACACAAGGCUUGGGUAACUUACUCUUUUUAUUUGACCAUUUGUUUCUCCUUUACAAAGUUAUAAAAAAAAUCAGUGUAGCUAAAAUGUUGAGAGCUUCUGAUAUAUUUAGAUUUUUAUAAUGAUAUGCCUAUAGUUUUCAGUUAAAUUAAACAGUUUGAAAAAAAUAUUUUUGCAUAAGGUUAUUACCAUGUUGCUUGCUUUCAUGCAAAAGGCAGCUUACCAAACACAAUUCCUUUGAAAAGAUUUGUUUCUGGACAACAUGGAUUUUAACCAUGUGUAUUGCAGAAAUAUUCUGCCCCUCCACAGUUUGAAAGCUGGAGAAAAGCUUUUCUAUAUCCAAUCCUAUUCAGUUUAAAUAGCUUGAUGUUAACUUUUUUUUUAAGCCAAGAUCUAAUUUUAAGAAGUUGAAAUUAAACAUUAGUGCUUACGUUCAAAAUGCAUUUAAUGUUCCAUUUGACAGAACCUCAGAUGAGUUGGGAUUUUAUCAGUCAUCAAGUUGUUUUUUUCAUGCAGCCAUAAUUGUAUUAUAGCAAGGCAUAUUGUUAUAUAUAUGUAAUCCUAUACUCAUUGUGUGUCUGUCAGUUUUUUCUUCAAUUGAAAUGUACUAAAAAUCAGUGUGAAUUAAACAUGCAAAUUUUCUAUUUAGUUAUGAUUAUCAUUUCAAAUAUAUAUCUUGCAACAAGUUUAAGAAGGAAUCAACUUACUAAACAUAAAAAGAAACAGGAAACCCAUAUUAAAAUAAUAAUAAAAUAAUGAAGGCAGAGAUAAGGUGGGA